GGCAGCGCGGCGCGUUCUGGGUAAACAUGGAUGCCCACGACCUCUUUCGCCGCCUCGGUGCGGGCGCCAAAUUCGAUGUGAGGCGCUUCUCGGCCGACGCGGCGCGGUUCCAGAUAGGCAAAAGAAAGAACGGCUUGGAUCCUUCAGAGGCGCUGCAGGGGCUGGACUUCUUUGGAAACAAAAAGUCGGCACCAGAUGAGCGGGCAGCGUCACAGACCCCUGGGCAGCCGGGAAAGGAUGAGGCAACGGAAGAAGCCCAAGCUGAAAGGCAGAGGAAGAAGAAGAGGCGGAAGAUGGCUUCAGAAAUUACUUUGCAAGAAGACAGCACUAUCCAGUGGACAUCAUCUGUGGAAGCAAAGAUCGAAGAUGAAAGAGCUAAAGGAGAACCUAAACUAACAUCAGGAAAACUGGAGAAUCUCAGAAAGGAGAAGGUAAACUUCUUCCGAAAUAAACACAAAAUUCAUGUGCAAGGAACUGAUCUUCCUGAUCCAAUUGCUACAUUUCAGCAACUGGAUCAGGAAUAUAAAAUCAAUUCUCGACUGCUUCAGAACAUUCUAGAUGCAGGCUUCCAAGUGCCUACACCAAUCCAAAUGCAAGCCAUUCCAGUUAUGCUACAUGGUCGAGAACUUCUGGCAUCUGCUCCUACAGGAUCUGGGAAAACGUUGGCUUUCAGCAUUCCUAUUUUAAUGCAGCUGAAACAACCCACAAAUAAAGGCUUCCGGGCACUGAUCAUAUCCCCAACACGAGAACUUGCCAGCCAGAUUCACCGAGAAUUAACUAAAAUCUCUGAGGGAACAGGAUUCAGAAUACACAUGAUUCACAAAGCAGCAGUGGCAGCCAAGAAAUUUGGACCUAAGUCAUCUAAGAAGUUUGAUAUUCUUGUGACUACUCCAAAUCGAUUAAUCUAUUUGUUAAAGCAAGAUCCACCAGGAAUAGACUUAACAAGUGUUGAGUGGCUGGUAGUAGAUGAGUCAGACAAACUGUUUGAAGAUGGCAAAACCGGAUUUAGAGACCAGCUGGCUUCGAUUUUCCUGGCCUGCACAUCCCACAAGGUCAAAAGAGCUAUGUUCAGUGCAACUUUUGCGUAUGAUGUUGAACAGUGGUGCAAACUCAACUUGGACAACGUCAUCACUGUGUCCAUUGGAGCAAGGAACUCUGCAGUGGAGACUGUAGAACAAGAACUUCUCUUUGUGGGAUCUGAGACUGGAAAACUUCUGGCCAUGAGAGAACUCGUUAAGAAGGGUUUCAAUCCACCUGUUCUUGUUUUUGUUCAAUCCAUUGAAAGAGCUAAAGAACUUUUUCAUGAACUCAUAUAUGAAGGAAUUAAUGUGGAUGUAAUCCAUGCAGAGAGAACCCAGCAACAGAGAGACAACACAGUGCACAGCUUCAGAGCGGGGAAAAUCUGGGUUCUCAUCUGCACAGCCUUGCUGGCCAGAGGGAUUGACUUUAAAGGCGUGAACUUGGUGAUCAACUACGACUUCCCAACCAGCUCUGUGGAAUAUAUCCACAGGAUAGGUCGAACUGGAAGAGCAGGACAUAAGGGGAAAGCUGUUACAUUUUUCACAGAAGAUGAUAAACCGUUAUUAAGAAGUGUUGCCAAUGUUAUACAGCAGGCUGGAUGUCCUGUGCCAGAAUAUAUAAAAGGUUUCCAAAAAUUAUUAAGCAAACAAAAGAAAAAGAUGAUUAAGAAGCCAUUGGAAAGAGAAAGUAUCAGUACAACUCCAAAAUUUUUUUUAGAGCAAGCUAAGGCUAAACGGAAAAAGUUUGCUGGUCAGAAAAGCAAGAAGAAAGUCGCUCCUGAAGAUAAAAGUUAAAGACUUCAAAUCCUCUUCCUAGAAAAAUAAUUUAAUGAUGCAGCACAAACGUAGCUGUCCUGGAGUACUUCAGCUCUGACGGUCACCAGUGCCAAAGGUCUGCAGUUGGCUGGUAGGCUGGUGAAUC